AUGAUUGAAGGUUCUGACCCAUCCCGGUCUCCGAGUGCAUUUGAGCAACAUCUAGAAAGGGAGAUCAAGAUUGCUAAGGAGGAACAGAAGUUGAAGAAUUCUAGAAAACAGAAACGGAAAUUUGAUGCUACUAAUCAGAUGAGAGACGACAAUGGAUUUAAGAUACGAGUUGCUGAGGCUGGCGCUGAAGGAAAAAAAGUUACUGAUCCCGAGUACACAGUUGUCAUUGAUGGCCCAUUACGCAGAGUUGAACCAUAUGAGUUUGAAUACAAGACUUUCUGCAAGGAAAGAUGGAGAGAUAGAAAAAUUAUUGAUAUAUUUACUCAAGAGUUCAGGGACCAGGAGCCCGACCACUACAGGAAAACAAUUGCUAAAGGAGCCGUUUCUGUGAAUGGUAAACCAGCUAACUUAGAAACUAUACUCAGAAAUGGUGAGAUGAUCACCCAUAAGAUGCACAGACAUGAACCUCCAGUCACUUCUAGACCAAUAAAAAUUGUAUUUGAAAAUGACGAUAUCCUUGUCAUAGACAAACCUGGUGGAAUACCGGUUCACCCUACAGGGAGAUAUCGUUAUAACACAAUUACUAAGAUUCUAGAGAAGCAAAUGAAGAGAAGCGUACAUCCAUGCAAUAGAUUAGAUAGAUUAACAAGUGGAUUGAUGUUCUUGGCCAAGACUCCAGAAGGUGCAGACCAAAUGGCAGACCAAAUGAAAACUAGAGAAGUUACAAAGGAGUAUAUUGCCAGAGUUGUAGGUGAAUUUCCUACCGGUGAAAUAACUGUAGAGAAACCUCUAAAGUCAUACGAUCCGAAAGUGUCUCUUAAUAUCAUAUGUGAUGACACCAAUGAAGAUGAUGCAAAACCAGCAAAGACUGUCUUUCAGAGGAUAAGUUUUGACGGCCAGACUAGUAUAGUUAAAUGCAAACCAUUAACUGGUAGAACACAUCAGAUCCGAGUCCAUCUUCAAUUUCUUGGCCACCCUAUAGCGAAUGACCCCAUAUAUUCCAAUACUGAAGUUUGGGGACCAAAUUUUGAUUCAAAAAAAUAUGAAGAAAUUGUCCUUAAACUGGAUGCUUUCGGAAAGACGAAAUGUGCAGAGAGUUGGUAUCAUCCAGACGCUCAAGGUGAAGUCAUGAGUUCAUAUAGAUGCGAAGUAUGCGAUAUCCCACUAUAUACUGAUCCAGGUCCAAACGACUUGGAUUUAUGGCUACAUGCAUAUAAGUAUGAAUCAACUGAAAUCGACCCAGAUACUGGUAAGAAGAAAUGGAGCUAUAGAACAGAGUUACCAGAAUGGGCUCUAGCUCCAAAUAGAAAGUACAUGGUACAGGCCAUCGAAGAAGCUGACAAAUGUGGUCCAACAAAGACGGCUUUCAGCGUUGGUGCUGUCUUAGUCAAUGGAACCGAAGUGCUCUCUGUAGGCCAUUCAAGAGAACUUCCCGGAAAUACACACGCAGAACAAUGUGCAUUGGAGAAGUAUUUUGAGACCCACAACACAGACAAAGUUCCGCCUGGUACAGUAAUUUUCACGACAAUGGAGCCUUGCUCUUUCAGGCUGAGUGGUAACCUACCUUGCUUACAAAGAAUAAUGGCACAAGAUGGUAACAUUUCAACAGUGUUUGUUGGAGUCAUGGAACCUGAUACUUUUGUAAAGAACAAUACCAGUCUAACUGACUUGGAAAACAACAAUAUCAAUUAUAUCCAGAUACCUGGCUAUGAAGAGCAAUGUAAAAUCAUUGCCUUCAAGGGACAUGACGAAUAG